AUACAUUGUACACACAACAGUGUAUGUACGCAUUUGUUCAUACUUCUCAAUUUCCAUUUGCACGUUUUCAAUAGCGUAAAAUGAUUUCAACAUUUAUUAAUGUUCAAAUUCUUAGAAAUGUUACAAACAAAGUUCCGAUAUUUCUGUGUCAUAAUAAAAGUAUAAAGACACAGGUUUCGGUUCAAGAAGCAGCAGAUAUAACAAGUAAUCCUGAUUUGCCAACACUUUCUGAAAAUCCAUUUAAAAAAGAGAGAACGUUAUGCAUUCUAUGUAAACUGAAGAUAGAACCAGAUUAUAAGAAUGUACGUUUGUUGUCUCAAUUUCAAAGCAGUUAUACAGGUAGAAUUUACGGAAAACAUAUAACCGGAUUAUGCGAUUAUAAACAAAAAAGGGUGGAAGAAGAAAUUGGAAAAGCUCAACAAGCUGGAUUAAUGGGAUUUAUGACAAAAGAUCCAAGAUAUGUGAACGAUCCAAAACUAUUUGAUCACACCCAACCGAUUAAACCACAUCCCUAUUAAAUCUAAGAUAUAUUAUGUGAAUUUAUUGUAAAGUAUAUAUAUUAUAGUACAAAGUACAUAUACCACUAAAUAUUUAAUGGUGGUUCUUCAAUGAAAGUAUCAUCAUCGGGGGAAAAAUGAACUAAUUUAUGGUCUAUACCAAAUGAAGAUAAGAUAUCCAUUA